AUGUCAGAUAUCGAUAACGACCUUCUCGACCUUGCUGGUGGCGACUCCGGAGACGAGGGUUCCAUCAGCGAGGGUCGCGACCGAUCUGAAACUCCCCGGCGCGAUUUGAAAACGACCUCGUCAAAGAAGACUUCACGCAGGUCACGGCAAGAUGCUUCCGAGGAUGAAGGCGAGGCUUUUUCUGAGCCUGGCUCGCCCAAUUCUUUGGCCUCGGCUGCCAUGGACGAAUCUGACUCAGAUGAGGAGCCUCCUGCGCGAACGCGCGCACCACCCGCAGCAACUGGCGGCGAGGAUGAGAAAUAUCCUGUCGACGGCAAAUACGUCAGCCAUUCCGAAAAGGCGCGGAUUGAAGCGUUGCCUGAGCUCGAGCGCGAACAAAUCCUUGCUGAUCGAAUGAUGGAGAUUGAUCGACAACGUCAGAACCGAUUACUUCGACAGAUGGUCGAGAAUGAGGAGCGGAAGCAGUCGCAAAAGCACAAGAAGAGAAGCGCCGACACUGCAGAGCUCGAGGACGAGGAUGACCGGAAGACCACGACCAGGCAACGGGUUGGCAAAGGGGAAUCUGCGAUGGAUACGCUGCGCCGGGCCCGGCUGGAGAAGCAAAAGCGCAAGGAGAAUCAAGAGCGAAGACGGGACUCGUACUCGCCUAGGAGAAGAUCGCGAUCGCCAGAUCGAGACGCGAGCGACGACGAUUUCGUGAGGGGGAGUCGGUCGCCCGAGCCAGAAGCUACGCGUGACGUGCCGCCUCCUGACCUGAGGGACUUUGAACGCGUGCGACUCGGCAGGAAUGAAUUUUCACAAGUGUGCCACACGCCUGGCUUCGAGGACGCCAUUACUGGAUGUUACAUCCGCCUGUCUGUAGGACCGCAUCCAGAGACGGGCAUUGAGCAGUACCGCAUGGCCCUGAUCAAGGGGUUCACGACGAGCAGGCCAUACGCUCUCAAUGGACCUGGCGGAUCCUUUAUCACGGACCAGUACGUCCGCGCAGCGCAUGGCAAAUCCAUCAAGGAAUUCCCAUUCAUCGCCGCGUCAAGCGGCAAGUUCUCGGAUGCCGAGCUGCACCGGUACACAGUCACAUGUCAGAACGAAGGUUUGACAUUGCCGACCAAGCUGUUCCUGUCCGACAAGGUGGAUGAGAUCAACAAUCUCAUCAGCCACAAGUGGACGAAUGAGGAGAUCAAGCAGCGUCUGAACCGUAGAGCGGAGAUGAAACGCCGCUUCGACCCUGCCGAGCGCCAGCGUGUGGCGCAGAAGCUGGAGGAGGCGCGGGAGAAGGGUGACGACGAGAAGGCGGACGCGCUGCAGGAACAGCUCGACAACAUGGGUGCCCAGCGACUGGCCUUUAGGACGAGCCUGGCGCCCACCAAGUCGACCACCACGCAACAGCACACGGAGCAGGAUCGUCUCGCCGAGCGCAACAGGGAGAACCGCCGGCUCAACGCCGAGGCGGUGCGCAAGGCGCAGCUGAAAGAGAAGGCACGGAUCCGCGAAAUCGAGGCGGCGAUUGAGCGCGGCGAGAUCGUGGAGGACGACUCGUCGCGUCGGGUGCGGACAAAGGCCAAGUUCAUCCACAACGUCAAUGAGAAGGCCGAGCAGAAAGCCGGAAGCAACGGAGCGACACCCACAAACGGCAGCACGCCCAGUAAUAAUGGCACCAAGUCGAUGCCCGCCCACCUGGCGAAGCUUCAGUUGGAGCAGCAGACGGAAGCCAAGGGGGUGCCGACCAUUCACAAGCCGCUCAUGGAUGAUGAUGUGAUCGGGUCGCUGGAUUUGGACAUUGAUAUUGAUAUUUGA